AUGAAUAAUUCUUAUCAUGAGUGUUAUCUUUCAAAACCAAAAGUGGAUUAUGCUCCAAGUUCAACAAAAUGUGAUAAUCUUCCGAAGAAGCAAGCUGACAAAAUCUCAAAAGCGAAAGGUAUAACUACUAAAAGAAAUAUUGAUCAUUGGUUGGAAGGAAAGGGAAAAAUGUAUCAAUCAAGUAAGUUUUCGAAAGAACAGAUACAUGAGGCAUAUGAAAUGUAUGUAACUCCUUCAACGAAUGGUAGUUCUUCAUCCAAAGAAUCCAACAUUUCAGUUAAAGUUUGGCAGCCGAUCACAAAAGAGAAAAGUGAAACAUCACAAACUCAAGAUGCGAAGGAUCAAGCAAUUGAAGCAGAGAAUAAUGCAUCGGAUAAUCAACAAUCAGAAAAUUCGAAGCAUGACCCAAAUGAACUAACUAGUGGUCCAGUGGAGGGGGAGCACUUGGAUUCGAACAGUUUUGUUGAGGGGGAGCAUUCUUGCAAAAGUGAUAAAAUGUCAACAAAUGUUAAUGAAGAGAGGGAGCAAAUUAUCGGAGAAGAUCACAUUAUCGGAGAAGAACCAAUUAUCGGAGAAGAGCACAUUAUCGGAGAAGAACCAAUUAUUGGAGAAGAGCCAAUUAUCGGAGAAGAGCCACUUUUCGAAGCAGAGCCAAUACACGAAGAGGAGCCAAUACUUGAGAAGGAUCCCAUUCUUGAAGAAGAACAUUUCGAUGAUGCUGAGGAUGCAUUUGUUACUGGGCUGUUACAUGAAGACGAAGAGAGGAAAAAGUCUAAGAAAUCGAAGAAGACUGCUGGUGGGUCUUUGGAAAAAGUGGCGAAGGUAGAAAAGAAGAAGAAAAUUCCGGUAGUCGAAGAGGUAUCUCCAAUUGUAACCUCAGUGGUUGAUACACCAAGAAUCGAAGCAUCUCCAUCGACAGAAAUGAUUCCUUCGAAGACAGGUGUUUCUCGACGAAUCAAAAUAAAACGAAAGUCUCAGAUGGUGAAGAAAACGCAAGUAUCCCAUCAAGGGGUCACAGUUCGGGAAAUUCCAGCUCCGGUGUCUCCAUUAUCUAAAAAACGAAGGGCUGAAGAUUUAGCAAAAUUUUUGAAGAAGAGUCAAAGACUUGAAGAAGUUGAGCAGGUUCCUGAGACACCAGAGAUUACACUUCAAGAAGAAGUGAAGAUCAGUUCACCUGUUGUUUCGAAGCCUCUUGAAAAAAAUUCACUACCCCAGGUUACAUCCACAACUGCUUCUCCUACAUUUCAACUUAUUAUGGAUCAACCAUUCACCACCAUAUUCUCAACUCAAUCAACUGAUCCACCCCAUCAAUCCUCACCUACUGAUGAAACCAUGGCUGCUGAUGCUGAAACCGAUAACGAAGGCUUUGGAGGAACAUUCGAAGCUCUUCAUUUUGAUCAAACUGAAGAAGAUUUUCCUGACCACAUGCUGAUGACUAUGAAGCAGUUUAAGAUUUUGAAUUCAAAAUUGAAUUCUAUCUUGCAAUCCCAAGCAGAUGUGGGCAGUGGUGGAAUUACAAUCAUGGAAGUUGAUUCUUUAAUGAAGGUGAUGGAAGGAAGGGUGAUCUCGAAGGCAUCAGGGUUGAUUAAGGAUUCGGAGAGUCGAGUCCUUGCGAAGGUUAAUCAGAAUGAUAUUUCUACAGAGAAUCGAUUCAAUUCUUUGAGAUCUGAUUUCGUGAAAGAUUCAAAGGAUCUAAAGCUUGUUACGAAGGAGCGUCAUGUACUAUUCGUACAAGAAGUUAAGAAGGUACGAGAAUAUGUUAAUUUGCAAAUCAAAGAACUUCGUGAAGAUAUGACGAAGGAGGUUCAGGCUGUUCAACAAGAUUACGCGUCAACAAAUCAGAAGAUUGACAUUAUUUGUGACGCUGUUGCAAAAUGUGUUAAAUUGUUUGAGUAG